CUUAUAAUCGCCAAACCCUAGCUCCGACUAUCUCUCAGCAGGCGGAGGAGCGGAGCAUCGAGGACAGAGCAUCGAACAACAAUGGUGAAGUACUCGAGAGAGCCGGACAAUUCCACCAAGUCUUGCAAGGCAAGGGGCUCUGAUCUCCGGGUUCAUUUCAAGAAUACUCGGGAGACUGCCCAUGCUAUUAGGAAAUUGCCCUUGAUGAAGGCUAAAAGAUAUUUGGAGGAUGUUUUGGCUCACAAGCAAGCCAUUCCGUUCCGGCGCUUCUGUAGGGGUGUUGGACGGACUGCACAGGCUAAAAACCGUCAUUCUAAUGGCCAGGGGCGCUGGCCUGUCAAAUCUGCAAAGUUCAUUUUGGAUUUGCUCAAGAACGCUGAGAGUAACGCAGAAGUGAAAGGUUUGGAUGUGGAUACGCUAUACGUAUCUCACAUACAGGUUAAUCAAGCUCAAAAGCAAAGGCGCCGGACAUACCGAGCUCAUGGGAGAAUUAAUCCUUAUAUGUCAUCUCCAUGCCACAUUGAGCUGAUUUUGUCUGAAAAGGAAGAACCUGUCAUGAAAGAGCCUGAGACCCAGCUUGCUCCUAGGAAAUCAAAGAGCGCUCUGCGUAGUGCGGCUUCCUCUUGAAAGUUGGUGCGUCAGGGUGGUUCAGAUUUCACUUCAGUGUUCUUUAGCUAAAUUCCAUCCUCGGGAUGUAGGGAACAGUUUUGCUCUCUCUUUGUUAAGUGAGAAUGUGCGAUUUGGAGUAUUUAGAUUGAUUUCAUGGCAUUCUUGCCGGUAUCUUUCAGGGAACUCAGGUCAUGAUCAACUCAGAAAGUUUUUGGUUUUUAUUUUGUCAGUGGAAACUUGAUUUUCAGUUGCAUUUAUAUGGGUGCUCUUAUGCAAAAGCAUUCAAA